AUGGGGACUGUUGGUGGGGAAGAACUGUUAAAUUCGGACAAAAGGCAAGGUAUUGGGAACGGAAAAGAAGAGAAGAUUUUAGUAUUGGUGAGGUUGAAGCCUUUGAAUGAAAAGGAGAUUGCAAGGAAUGAAGAUGCAGAUUGGGAAUGCAUUAAUACAACCACCAUUUUAUACCGGAAUAGCCUCCAGGAGCGGUCUGGAUUGCCGUCAGCUUAUACAUUUGGUAAGCAUGAAGAAAGAGCAUUUGUUUUGAAGUUUUCUGCACUUGAAAUUUAUAAUGAAGUUGUUAGAGACCUUCUUAGUGCAGACAAUACUCCACUUAGACUACUUGAUGAUGCAGAGAGAGGAACUGUAAUAGAGAAACUCACUGAGGAGACUCUGAGGGAUUGGAGUCACCUCAAGGAACUUUUAUCCAUAUGUGAAGCAAAAAGACAAACUGGAGAGACCUCUUUAAAUGAAACAAGCUCUAGAUCCCAUCAAAUUCUUAGAUUGGCAAUUGAAAGUUCUGCUCGUGAGUUUUUAGGGAAGGAAAACUCGACCACCCUUGCUGCUGCCGUGAAUUUCGUCGAUCUGGCAGGAAGUGAGCGUGCAUCUCAAGCACUAUCAGCUGGGCAAAGAUUGAAAGAAGGCUGCCACAUCAAUCGUAGUUUGCUAACUCUGGGGACUGUUAUUCGCAAGCUAAGCAAAGGAAGACAUGGACAUGUCAAUUAUAGAGACUCUAAGUUAACACGCAUACUACAACCCGCCUUGGGAGGCAAUGCGAGAACUGCCAUUAUUUGCACCUUGAGUCCUACAAGAAGCCAUAAUGAGCAAUCAAGAAAUACCCUUUUGUUUGCCAGCUGUGCUAAGGAAGUGACAACAAAUGCUCGGGUCAACGUGUUGAUGUCCGAUAAAGCGUUGGUGAAACAUCUGCAAAAAGAGGUGGCUCAUUUGAAGAGCGAGUUAAGAACCCCUGGACUGGCUUGUGAUCAUAUUGCAUUGCUAAGAAAGAAAGACAUGCAGAUUGAAAAGUUAGAGAAAGAGGUGGGGGAACUAACCAAGCAACGAGAGCUUGCUCAAUCCCGGGUUGAGGAUUUAUUGCAAGUGGUUGGAGAUGACAAAACUUUAUGGAAAAAGGAUACUAUUAACUGUUCUCUUAAAUGGCAAGAAGAUAAAACAUAUAAAGAUGAAUGCUCAGUGACAAGUCUGUCGAGUGGAACUGAUUGUGCCAGACACCUCAACAGAAUUCGGUCUUAUAACGGAGACAUCAGGAGUGAUGGGACAUCAGGUGUACUGCUUUCAGAAGACGGUGAGUAUCACUCGUCAUCUGAUAAUACUCCCGAUCCGAGUCAAGGAAGAGAGGAACUUACAGUAGGAACUGAAAGGGAUUCUGAUGAUAUCUGUGAAGAAGUUCAAUGUAUUGAGAUGGAUGAAUAUGGACACGGCAAAAUAUAUGAAUCAUUUGGCUCGUCAAACAACGAGAAUGAAGAAAGAAUGUCAAUGUUUUUGGAAACUGGAAAUGGACAUGCGGUGGAUCUGGUGCCAUUAUCUGCUUUACCUGGACAUGCUUGUGUUGUUGAAAAUGGUUCCUCUAAUUGGACGUCGGAGCAGAAAAUCGAAGAGGUGCCAAUAUCAGUUUCUUCUCUAGUCAGCUCCUACCCCGACGAAUCAUUUCCAAGGGCCUCGUUUAUCAAUAUGCCAAGUUCUGGAACCCUGAAGUUGACAAGAAGCCAAAGUUUUAGAGCAAGACUGAUGACUGGCUCAUCUCACUCUGCGAUGGCAGAUAAAAGUGAAUCGACACCACCCUCCGAGUUGGACAAAAGCUUCCCAGGAAGACCAGAAGGCUCCCAAAGAACUCAUUGGAAGCGAGUGAUAUAUGGUGCAUAUGAUGUGAGGCUGUCCAGAAAUGAUUCACAAUCCUCCAGUAGUAGCACUUCCAUAGAUGAAGUAAAAGCUCAAAACAUCACACAUGGAGAUCAGGAUAUUCCUACUCUUGAUUCUUUCUUUGCAGGUCUCCAGGAUAUGGCCGAGCUUCAGUAUGAAAAUCAACUUCAUGAUCAGGUUCAGGAGAUAGAACUGAAAUCUGGAGAGAAUGUCGAAGAUUUUGGUAUUGAUCCAAUGCACGAUUCUCUUGGAGCUCCUUCAGAUUGGCCUCUGAAGUUUGAGAGGCUGCAAAGAUUGAUAAUUGAAUUGUGGCAUACUUGCAAUAUUCCGUUGGUCCACAGGACAUACUUCUUCCUCCUCUUUAAAGAUGAGUUGAUAGAUUCCAUUUACAUGGAGGUAGAGCAUAGGAGACUGUCCUUCCUGAAGGAGACAUUUCCUAUGGGAAAUCCUACUGCACAAGAUAGCCGCCCUCUCUCAUUGGCAAUAAGCAACAGCAUGAAAGCUCUUAGACGCGAGAGGGAGGUGCUGAGAAGGCUUAUGUAUAAAAGGUACACCCGAGAUGAAAGAUACCAAAUUUAUCAGAAAUGGGGCAUUAGAACAAAUUCGAAGCAAAGGAGGUCACAGUUGGUACAUCGUCUUUGGAGCGACACUAAAGAUAUGGAUCACAUUGGAGAUAGUGCUGCUAUUGUUGCAAAGCUGAUUAAAUUCUCAGAUAAAGGGCAAACCCUUAAGCAGAUGUUUGGCCUUAUCUUCAUUCCACCAUGCAAAAGUCCAAGAUCCUUUAGCUGGAAAAAGAGUGUGAAAUCCCUUUUGUGA